AUGGUCACCGGGAAGUUGCGCGUGGAAAAGGCCAUGUACCUGGGACGUGGUUUCACAGGCUUCUCAUCAGAGUCUCGUUCGCCAACCCGACCGCGAGACCAUCUGGAGAGUCUGAUCAUCAAGCACGGCUACCCCACACCCAUCUCACUAUCUUCCCUGCGUGACUUGACGACCACCUCGUCGACAUAUUACCCCCCUUCCCCACGCUCACGUCGUGCUCGUCUCUCGGACUCCCCUCCGAUCGUCGCCCUGGGCUCGCUUUCCCUUUCAUCCACGCGACCCAUCCCAAUCCCUAGACGACCCGAACCAAUCUACGACGAUUUCCCGGUGACCCCCCUCACGGGACGAUUCGAGAAAACCGACUACUUGUACGACUGGGAACGGACCUCGGUGUCUGCCAAAUCACGACACGCGCCGAUCCGAUCGAGCCGUCGGAUCUGCUCUCGGGCCCGGCCCUCAUCAAGCAUGCGUUCUGAGAACUCACCCUUCUACUCCCCGGUUGCUUCGCCCACCAUGUCUCCACGGCGCCCCAGCUCUCCUCAGCCGUCGCGCUCUCGCACCCAAAACUCGACCAAGCCCGUGUCUGGAUUCAAUCUUGGCAGUUUGCCCCGGUUUCAUCCUGCAGUCUAUCAACCCGGCACCCCUCACAAUGCCACCGGCCAGCCACCGUCCCCGCGCCAGUCUCGACAAAACACCUACCGUCCCACGACGGGGUCGCGCGACCUGAUGUGGCAGUACCGCGACUCCAAGGAUAGCCCGUCUGCCCCACGACUGGACCCUCUGCGCAGCCCUGGUCCUGUCACGCCCCUGGCACUCGAGGCUGGUGAUUACUUGGCCAGUGGCUCAACCGCAUCGGAGCGUGUGCCACGAGAGGCUUCCGCUCGGGAAUCGGGCCCACCGCCGGACCUGGUCGAAAAGCUCAUUGCCCGCGAAAACGAGCGAGCUCGCCAGAAGAAUCGCAAGUCCACCAAGAGCCGGUAG